AUGGCGUCGCUACCUCCCCCGCCGCCGCCUGGAUGGGGGUCGGCAGCUCCUCAUUCCAUGCCUUUGGCGCCUCCGCCGCCAGGGUAUCAACCUCCAGCAGAUCCCAAGGUCGCUAAAUUUGCUCAAAAGAAGACUGAAUGGUUAAGGACCCAGCGCAACAGAUUUGGGGAAAAGCGCAAAGGUGGGUUUGUCGAGAGUCAGAAGACAGACAUGCCCCCUGAGCAUUUGCGAAAGAUCGUGAAGGAUAUCGGCGACGUAUCUCAAAAGAAAUUCAGCAGUGACAAACGCAGCUACCUGGGUGCGUUGAAAUUCAUGCCUCAUGCAGUCCUGAAACUUCUAGAGAACAUGCCCAUGCCCUGGGAAUCGGCACGCGAGGUCAAGGUACUGUAUCAUGUCAACGGUUGCCUCACCCUUGUCGACGAGUCUCCUCGAGUCAUUGAACCCAUCUUCCAUGCUCAAUGGGCUACAAUGUGGGUUUGCAUGCGACGAGAGAAAGCCGAUCGUCGCCACUUCAAGCGAAUGCGUUUCCCUCCUUUCGACGACGAAGAACCUCCGCUGUCCUGGUCCGAAAAUAUUGAGGAUGUCGAGCCUUUGGAACCCAUCCAGAUGGAACUUGAUGAGACAGAAGAUGGUCCUGUUUACGAGUGGUUCUACGACCACAGACCUCUACUCGACACUCCGCAUGUCAAUGGAUCAAGCUAUAAAAAAUGGAACCUGUCACUUCCUCAAAUGGCGACUCUCUAUCGACUUAGCCACCAACUGCUAAGUGAUGUUGUGGAUCAGAACUAUUUCCAUAUGUUCGAUCUCACUAGUUUUAUCACAGCCAAGGCUCUGAAUGUAGCCAUGCCCGGGGGUCCUCGUUUCGAGCCUCUCUAUAAAGACAUUGAUCCAAAUGACGAGGAUUUUGGCGAAUUCAACGCGAUUGAUCGAAUUAUUUUCCGAUCACCCAUCCGUACCGAAUAUCGCGUCACAUUCCCCUACCUUUACAAUUCUCUACCCAGAAGUGUGAAACUGGCAUGGUACUCGCACCCCCAGGUUGUGUUUGUUCGGUCUGAUGACCCAAACCUGCCGGCCUUCUAUUUCGACCCUGUCAUCAACCCCAUUUCCUCGCGAUCUGUUGCUCCCAAGAACAUCACUGUCAGUCACGAAGAUGAGAUUUUUGGAUCUGGUAAUGACGAGGAUGACUUCGAACUCCCUGGCGACCUGGAGCCUCUUCUUGCCGACGAGGAACUUUACAACAGCGAUACAGCGUCUGCAAUUUCGCUGCUAUGGGCUCCAUAUCCAUUCGAUCGCCGUUCAGGUAGGAUGGUCCGGGCACAAGAUGUGCCACUAGUGAAACAAUGGUAUCUGGAACAUUGCCCGCAAGGCCAGCCCGUUAAAGUUCGAGUGUCGUAUCAAAAGCUUCUCAAGUCAUAUGUCUUGAACGAGCUUCACAAGAAGAAGCCCAAGGCUCAUAAUAAACAGAAUCUUCUGACAACACUGAAAGGCACCAAGUUUUUCCAGACAACAACAAUUGACUGGGUCGAAGCUGGCCUUCAAGUCUGCCGACAAGGCUUCAACAUGCUGAAUCUGCUCAUUCACCGCAAGAAUCUUACUUAUCUGCAUCUCGACUACAACUUUAACCUCAAACCCGUCAAAACUUUGACGACGAAAGAACGCAAGAAGUCUCGUUUUGGAAAUGCUUUCCAUCUCAUGAGAGAAAUUUUACGUUUGACGAAGCUUAUUGUUGAUGCUCAAGUCCAGUAUCGUCUUGGCAAUAUUGACGCUUUCCAGCUGGCCGAUGGUAUCCUUUAUGCUUUCAACCAUGUCGGUCAGUUGACUGGUAUGUACCGGUACAAGUACAAACUCAUGCACCAGAUUCGUUCUUGCAAAGACCUGAAGCAUCUGGUUUACUACCGCUUCAAUUCCGGACCUGUUGGAAAAGGUCCUGGCUGUGGUUUCUGGGCUCCUGCAUGGCGGGUAUGGCUUUUUUUCAUGCGUGGUAUCAUUCCUUUGUUGGAAAGGUGGCUUGGAAACUUGCUUUCUCGUCAGUUCGAGGGUCGCCAUACCAAGGGUGUCGCUAAGACCGUGACCAAACAGCGAGUCGAGUCCCAUUUCGACUUGGAAUUGCGUGCAUCAGUAAUGGCUGAUUUGAUGGAUAUGAUGCCCGAGGGCAUCAAACAGAACAAGGUCAACACUGUCUUGCAACAUUUGUCGGAAGCGUGGAGAUGCUGGAAAAGUAAUAUCCCUUGGAAGGUCCCAGGUCUUCCAGCUCCGAUUGAAAACAUCAUUUUACGAUAUGUGAAAGCCAAAGCCGACUGGUGGAUUUCUGUCGCUCAUUACAACCGUGAACGUAUUCGACGGGGUGCUACGGUGGAUAAGACAGUGGCGAAGAAAAAUUUGGGCCGUCUGACCAGACUUUGGCUCAAAUCAGAGCAGGAACGACAACACAAUUACAUGAAGGAUGGCCCUUACGUCUCGUCUGAGGAAGCUGUGGCUAUAUACACUACAACUGUUCACUGGUUGGAAUCACGCAAGUUCUCUCCGAUUCCAUUCCCCAGUGUUUCCUACAAACACGACACAAAGAUUUUAAUCCUAGCCCUGGAACGUUUACGUGAAUCCUACUCGGUCAAGGGUCGUCUGAACCAAAGCCAGCGUGAAGAACUUGCUCUCAUUGAGCAGGCAUACGACUCCCCUGGUACCACACUUGCAAGGAUCAAGCGCUUCUUGCUAACCCAGCGAGCGUUCAAAGAGGUGGGAAUUGAUAUGAACGACAAUUAUAGUGACAUUAAUCCUGUGUAUGACGUUGAACCAAUUGAAAAGAUUACCGAUGCCUACUUGGACCAAUACCUGUGGUAUCAAGCAGACCAACGCCAUCUUUUCCCGUCCUGGAUCAAACCAUCCGAUUCGGAAGUUCCACCUUUGUUGACCUACAAGUGGGCUCAGGGGAUCAACAAUCUUUCCAAUGUGUGGGAGACUGCCGACGGGGAAACCAAUGUCAUGAUCGAGACUAAUCUAUCUAAAGUCUACGAAAAGAUGGAUCUAACAUUGCUCAACCGCCUCCUCCGCCUGAUCAUGGAUCACAACUUGGCUGAUUAUAUUACGUCCAAGAACAACGUGCAGUUGAACUAUAAAGAUAUGAACCACACAAACAGCUAUGGCUUGAUCCGUGGCCUGCAGUUUUCGGGCUUUGUGUUUCAGUACUAUGGCUUGGUGAUCGACCUUCUUCUUUUAGGCCUUCAGCGUGCCAGUGAACUAGCGGGCCCUCCUCAGAACCCGAAUGACUUUUUGCAGUUCAAAGAUCGUGCGACCGAGACUCGACACCCUAUUCGUUUGUACACCCGCUAUAUCGAUAAAAUCUGGGUAUUCUUCCGAUUCAACGCGGACGAAUCACGUGAUCUUAUCCAGCGGUUCUUGACAGAGCAGCCAGAUCCCAACUUUGAGAACGUUAUCGGUUAUAAAAAUAAGAAAUGCUGGCCUCGUGACUCGAGGAUGCGCUUGAUGCGUCACGACGUCAAUCUUGGUCGGGCCGUUUUCUGGGAUUUGAAAAACCGGUUGCCGCGAUCAAUUACCACCAUUGAGUGGGAUGACACCUUCUCCAGUGUUUAUAGCAAGGACAAUCCAAACCUGCUCUUCUCAAUGUGCGGGUUUGAGGUUCGCAUUCUUCCCAAGAUUCGCAACCAGAACGAUGAAUUUCCCAUCAAGGACAGCGUCUGGUCUCUCGUGGACAACACAACGAAAGAGAGGACUGCAUACGCUUUCCUCCAGGUCACAGAAGAGGACAUCCAAAAGUUCAAUAAUCGUAUUCGACAAAUUCUAAUGUCCUCGGGUUCCACUACCUUUACCAAGAUUGCGAACAAGUGGAACACUGCAUUGAUCGCUCUCUUCACCUACUACCGUGAAGCCGCCGUAUCUACGGUCAAUCUCUUGGAUACAAUUGUGAAGUGUGAAACUAAGAUCCAGACUCGUGUCAAGAUCGGUCUCAAUUCCAAGAUGCCGUCGAGAUUCCCUCCUGCUGUCUUCUAUACACCAAAGGAAUUGGGAGGACUGGGAAUGAUUUCUGGUUCACACAUCCUUAUUCCUGCCAGCGACAAACGUUGGUCGAAACAGACAGACACUGGUGUAACUCAUUACCGUGCAGGAAUGUCACACGAUGAGGAGACAUUGAUUCCCAACAUUUUCCGGUACAUCAUUCCUUGGGAAGCCGAGUUCAUUGAUUCCCAACGUGUCUGGAUGGAGUAUUCUCAGAAACGACAAGAGGCCAACCAGCAGAACAGACGCUUGACGUUGGAAGAUUUGGAAGACAGCUGGGACCGCGGUCUUCCUCGUAUCAACACUCUUUUCCAGAAAGACCGCAGCACUCUUAGUUUCGACAAGGGUUUCCGCGCAAGAACGGAAUUCAAAAUAUACCAGCUGAUGAAGAGCAAUCCUUUCUGGUGGACUAGCCAGAGACACGACGGCAAAUUGUGGAACCUCAACGCUUAUCGUACCGAUGUGAUUCAGGCUCUUGGUGGUGUGGAAACCAUUCUCGAGCACACCUUGUUCAAGGCAACGGCUUUUCCAUCCUGGGAGGGUUUGUUUUGGGAGAGAGCGAGUGGUUUUGAAGAAAGUAUGAAGUUCAAGAAGCUCACGAAUGCUCAGCGUUCGGGUUUGAACCAAAUUCCUAACCGUCGCUUUACCCUGUGGUGGUCCCCCACCAUUAAUCGUGCCAACGUCUAUGUCGGUUUCCAGGUUCAGCUGGAUUUGACUGGUAUCUUUUUACACGGAAAGAUUCCGACCUUGAAGAUCUCCUUGAUUCAAAUAUUCCGAGCACAUCUUUGGCAAAAGAUACACGAGUCAGUAGUCAUGGAUCUUUGUCAAGUAUUUGACCAAGAAUUGGAAGCUUUGGGUAUCGAGGCUGUCCAAAAAGAGACGAUUCAUCCUCGAAAGUCAUACAAGAUGAAUAGUUCAUGCGCAGAUAUUUUAUUAUUUGCAACUAACAAGUGGAAUGUUACUCGACCCUCACUGCUGUUCGAUACAAAGGAUGUCAUUGAGCCCACAACGACAAACAAGUUCUGGGUAGAUGUUCAGUUGAGAUAUGGUGACUACGAUUCCCAUGAUAUUGAACGAUAUGUUCGUGCUAAGUAUCUCGACUACACAACGGAUAGCAUGAGCAUCUACCCUUCUGCGACUGGUUUAAUGAUAGGCGUUGAUCUUGCUUAUAACCUUUACUCGGCCUACGGCCAAUACUUCCCUGGCUUAAAGGCACUCGUUCAGCAGGCAAUGGCGAAGAUUAUGAAGGCGAACCCGGCUUUGUAUGUGCUGCGUGAACGUAUCCGAAAAGGUCUACAGCUUUACGCGUCGGAAAGCAACCAAGAGUUCCUCAACUCGCAAAAUUACUCGGAACUCUUUAGUCCUCAAAUCCAACUGUUUAUCGACGAUACAAACGUGUAUCGUGUGACGAUUCACAAGACUUUUGAAGGUAACUUGACGACGAAGCCAAUCAACGGAGCCAUUUUCAUCUUCAACCCUCGCACGGGUCAACUAUUCCUGAAGAUCAUCCACACCAGCGUCUGGGCAGGUCAGAAACGUCUUGGUCAAUUGGCGAAGUGGAAAACUGCAGAGGAAGUAGCAGCACUCAUUCGGUCUUUACCGGUCGAAGAACAACCCAAACAGCUCAUUGUGACUCGUAAAGGUCUACUUGAUCCUUUGGAAGUUCAUCUACUUGAUUUCCCUAACAUAUCCAUCCGUGCUUCCGAGCUUCAACUCCCCUUCCAGGCAGCUAUGAAAGUUGAAAAACUCGCGGACAUGAUUUUGCGGGCAACUGAACCUCAGAUGGUGCUCUUCAAUUUGUACGAUGAAUGGUUGAAGUCAAUUUCACCAUACACGGCUUUCUCCAGAUUGAUUCUGAUUCUUCGUGCUCUUCAUGUCAACGCUGAUAAGACCAAGAUUGUGCUGCGUCCAGACAAGACGGUCAUCACCCAAGAGCAUCACAUCUGGCCCACACUUUCUGAUGACGACUGGAUCAAGGUCGAAGUUCAAUUGCGUGAUUUGAUUCUGAACGAUUACGGGAAGAAGAACAAUGUCAACGUUCAAAGCUUAACCAGCAGUGAGGUUCGAGACAUCAUCCUGGGUAUGGAAAUCAGUGCACCUUCUCUGCAACGUCAACAAGCAGCCGAGAUCGAGAAGCAACAAGAAGACCAGAAGCAACUCACAGCGGUCACUACAAAGACCCAAAAUGUCCGCGGCGAAGAGAUCAUUGUGACAACGACUUCUCAGUAUGAACAACAGUCAUUUGCUUCAAAAACCGAAUGGCGUACUCGCGCUAUUGCCACUUCUAACCUUCGCACUCGGGCCAAUAACAUUUACAUAUCUUCUGAUGACAUUCGUGAAGACGGCUUGCAUACUUACAUUAUGCCCAAGAACAUCCUGAAGCGAUUCAUCAUGAUUGCAGAUCUUCGUGUGCAGGUUGCGGGUUAUCUGUAUGGCAGAUCGCCGCCUGACAAUGAUCAAGUGAAGGAAAUUCGCACCAUUGUAAUGAUUCCCCAAGUUGGAAACACCCGAGAUGUGCAACUUCCGCAACAGUUGCCGCAACACGAAUAUCUCGCCAACCUGGAACCACUGGGUGUUAUCCACACAAUCUCUGGCAACGAGCCACCCUACAUGACGGCACAAGAUGUCACUCAACAUUCUCGGCUCAUGAAUACCCAUUCCUCGUGGGACAAGAAGACCGUCACUAUGACUGUGUCGUUUACACCUGGAUCUGUUUCACUUGCUGCUUGGGCGCUGACUCCGCAAGGCUAUAAAUGGGGUGCCGAAAACAAAGAUACGACCUCCGACCAACCCCAGGGAUUUUCCACCAGCAUGGGAGAUAAGUGCCAGUUGUUACUCAGUGACAAGAUUCGUGGAUACUUCCUGGUGCCCGAAGACAACUUGUGGAAUUAUAGUUUCAUGGGUAGCUCUUUCAGCGGUGUUGAAAAGCGACCAGUCUACACCAAAAUCGAUACGCCACUGCGCUUUUACGAUGAUCAGCACCGUCCUCUACACUUCCAGAACUUUGCUGAGCUGGAGGAUAUCUGGGUUGACCGUACCGACAAUUUCGCAUAA